AUGGAGGCCGAGAGAGCUGCAACUGGUGCAACAAGACCUACAGGGUCACAGGAGAGCCGGGACCUUGCUGAGUUCCAGAAAUGCCAUCCCCCACUAUUCACGGGAGAUGCGGAUCCAGAGGCUACUGACCGCUGGAUAUGUAAGUUGGAGAAGAUCUUUGCUGUUUUGGGAUGUUCUCCAGAGAAGAGGCUGGCAUAUGCUGUGUAUAUGCUGGUGGGAGAGGCUGAACAUUGGUGGAGAGGCACCUAUCAGAUGCUUGCUGCUAGAGGAGUUACAAUUGACUGGGAGUGCUUCUGGACGGUGUUCAUGGAGAAGUACUUUUCGGAAAGUGUGAGGCAUGCCAAGGAGGCAGAGUUUAUGCGACUGCAUCAAGGAGGGAUGACAGUUUCGGAGAAGUUUGCUGAUGGGUUGAGAUAUGAGUUGAAGAGGGUGGUGGUGCUUAUGGCCAUCAUUGAGUUCCCGGCCUUAGUGGAGAAGGAGAAAGUUGUAGAGCGGUUGGAAGGUGGUAACCGUGUUGCGAGGACUGCUGGGGGGCCAUCUGGGUCCAAGAAGGGUGAGAGUCAGAGGAAGCCGUAUGAUAGGCCCCAACCACAGCAAGGGAGUCCUGUUAUUAGGCAAUCUUCUAGUGCUGCUAGUGGAGGUAGACAGAGUGGAGGUGCCACUCUGAGAUGCUACAGGUGUGUUGGGCCCUAUUUUGUCAGGGACUGUCCACACACGGAGAACCGUUGUUUCAGAUGUCAUCAGAUGGGUCACGAGUUGGCUAACUGUCCUGCUAGGAACAGACCUAAGAGGAGCACUCAGAGGAGUGAUGUGCAGAGGGCUGAUACUCAGAGGAGUAGUGCACAGAGAGCUGAUACACAGAGGGGUGACAGACCCACUACUGCUGGUAGGAUAUUUGCCUUGACGGGUGCUGAGGCUUCGACUUCUUAUGAUCUUGUAAAGGGGAAAGGCAAAGCUGCUGGUAAGGAUGUGAUGAUUCUCUUUGACUCUGGUGCUACGCAUUCAUUUAUAUCUUAUGCAUGUGCUGCUAUGUUGAGUGUACCUAUGGAGGAUGAGCUGUUGAUUUCAGCUGGUCAAGCUGAGUCAUUGCUGAGAGAUGGGGCAGAGAGCUGUCUUCUGCUUGCCGCGUUGAGUGCUGAGACCGAGCGGGUCAUUUAUGAAAUUGAUGUAGCGCGGGAUUUUGCUGAGGUUGGACUUAAGCAGUUGCAAGACGCCGGGCUAGUGAAGCUUCUUGGUUUGCUGGGUACCGAGAAGGCUGUUGGCUUUGAGCUGGGAGAAUAUGGAAUCUUGAGAUGGAGAAUCAGUAGUUAUGGGACCGGAGCUGAUCCUGCAGACUAUUGA